UUUUCCUACACCAAAAAAAAAGCUGGAACUUAACCAAUUAUCAAAUGAUAAAAAAAUCCUGGAAGACCCACAUUGGAAAGCCAACUUCUUGAUGAUUCAGUUUUCUAAAGUUUUGACUGGUCAUCUCUUACCUCUUCCUAUCUCAUGUGCUGUCAUGCUACUGAGGAUUCUACACAUGUACGGGUCUCUAAACUAGGCUACACCCCCCCCCCUUACUGUAGUUAAUUGAAAGAGAGCAGUUUUCAAGUUAAUUGCCAUGCAAGACCAUCCAAUUGGGAUUCCUGCUUGCUUUACAUCCGGUGAGAAGGUAGCUGAUGAUCCUGCCACAGUAACCAGGUCAGGGCAGAGUGUUUUCAUGUCUGCUUAUCGUACAAAGAUUGCCGAUCAGUGUCGUUUGAUCACAAUAACAUGGUGCAAGAAUCUGUUACUCCAUGGUCUAUCAGUAUCAGUAGAAGGUCCUGAAGGAGAGAGUCAGUACACCUGCAAAUUGGAGCUGAAGCCUUGGUAUUUUUGGAGGAAACAAGGCUCCAAACGGUUUGUAGUGGAGGGUAAAGCUGUGGAUAUCUUCUGGGACCUCAAGGCUGCUAAAUUCAAAGGUGAAACUGAGCCUAAUUCUGAGUAUUAUGUUGCUGUUGUUUGCGACGAAGAGGUUGUGCUUCUUCUUGGUGAUCUAAAGAAAGAUGCUUACAGGAAAACUGGGUGUAGGCCUGCUCUUAUUGAUCCCAUUUUGGUUUCAAGAAAGGAGCACAUAUUUGGCAAGAAGAAAUUCGCUACAAGAAUCAAGUUCCAUGAGAAAGGUCGGUUUCAUGAGAUCUCAAUAGAGUGCAAGAACGGAAGUAAUAGUGGCACUAUUGUUAGUAAUGGCAAUUCUAUUAAUGGGGAUGAACCAGAAAUGGAGAUAAGGAUAGAUGGGCAUUUGGUCAUUCAUGUGAAGCAUCUUCAAUGGAAAUUUAGAGGUAACGAGUAUAUUAACCUUCGUAAACUAAGAGUAGAGGUAUACUGGGAUGUCCAUGACUGGCUAUUUAGUCCUGGUUUAAGGCAUGCUUUAUUUAUCUUUAAGCCAAUAAUGUCAUGCACAUCUCUAUCAUUACUAUCAACUUCAUCUUCAUCACCUACACUAACUUCAUCGACAUCUACACCAUUGUCCUCCCAGACAGGAGGUUCUGGUUCACUAGAGGGGCUAAAUGCAGGUGGUGGAUCAUCUGAUUUUUGCUUGUUUCUCUAUGCUUGGAAAGUUGAAUGACUGUAGCGCCAAUGCUCCAUCGUCAUCAACAUCCAAAAGAAUAAGGUUGUAAAAAGGAAAGGAAAUAUGGGGUCUCCAUGGGAUGGGCCAGCACCAUGGGGUGGUGAGGAUACAGAUUGGGUUAAGAGAGUGACAGAUGAUUGGGUUGAGAAAGAAAAUGGGAUCCAAGAGAGACGCUGGGAGUUAGUUACAGCUGGGGAUGAACAAGUGGGCAUAAUUGGACAAGACAGAUUGUAUCAGAUAACAUGGCCAAUAUUAUUUCACAUCCAGAGGCAUCUUCCUGUUCACUUUUCUCCAAAAUUAUCUUUUCGUUUAUCUCUCUUUCACUUGAUCUGGUCUUGAAAUAUGAGAAGUUUGCUUUCCAAUUAUAUGUAGUAUGUGGAGUGCCUUAAUUUUAUAUACAGGAAAAAAGCUAUAUGACGACAUGUUUUCAGUAGGCUA